AUGACACUGCAAGGGAUGAGUUCCUCAGAACUGCUCAGGGCUGAGCGGUCCCCGUCAGGUUCCAGCAGAGCCAAGAAAGGUUCCAGCAAAGAAAGGCGUAGGAACCGCAACCGCAGCCACCACUGCCGCCUGCACAGUCUCACGGUGAAGGUGCGGGACCUGGGACUUGGCUUUGAGUCAGAGGAGAUUGUACGGUUCAGCUACUGCAUUGGGUCAUGCGAGUCGGCCCGCACAAACUACGACCUGACCUUGCAAAACCUGGUACAGAUAGACAUCCUCAUGCGUGACAAACAUCUCUCCUCCAAUCCCUGCUGCCGCCCUGUUCGGUAUGAAGUUGUGUCCUUCAUGGAUGUGCAGAAUGCUUGGCAUACUGUGGGCAACCUCUCAGCAGCAGAAUGCAGGUGUGUGGGCUGA